AUGCCUCAGGAGGCACUGAAGCCAUCAGGCUACUGGUGUACCCUUUGUGGUAAGAAGUUUACUCGCAAAGAACAUCUAGAACGCCACAUCCCUCACCACACUGGCAUUAAGCCGUGGGGCUGUGACCAUUGCCUUAUGACUUUUGGCCGUCAGGAUUUACUCCGUCGCCAUCAGACCAUCUAUCAUUCAAUCCCAGAUGGCUUGGACCCCGUUCCUGUCAAAGUCGGUUCGCACAAGCCGGACGUCGCCUGCAAAGCAUGCCACAGAGCCAAAUGCCAGUGCGAUAAACGGAAGCCGUCGUGCGGGUCGUGCCUGAAGAAGGGCAUCCAAUGUGUCCCACGUGAGAACAAGAGGACAGCAAAGGCGCAGGUCCGGGCCAACCGUUCAGCAGCGACACAACCGCCUGCUCUACCCGCUCAACUCCCGCUACCCGCUCCGUCCGCACCAGUUGAGCGCAGCCACCAGGAGCCUGCCAUGAAAGCUUCUCUCGAAGAAAUGCUUGUUAUGGCGAGGUGUUCACCAGAGGCAACGGGAUCACAGAACUCAUUCAUGUCAGGAUCUGCUAUGACUGAAAAUAUGGCUGCGGGAGGCUCCUUUACCAUGCACGACCUUGCUUUUACCAAUCCCACCUACGAGGUUUUUGAGGGUUUUGGUAAUCCGAUCCAGUCGUUUGAUCCAAAGGGCGCGGUUCUCGGUUCCCAGAGUCAAAAUUUUACGACCAUGAUCGACGUGAGCCCUAACUCACCUUUCGGAACCGAAUUCGAGGGAUAUAGCGGGAUCACGGAUUGGAGCGAAUUUUCAAUUUCAGACGGGACUGUUCCAGACUAUGGCAGUUUUGCGGGCUAUGGCGGCUUCGCGAAAAACGGCACCACCCACCACCCACUUGUAGGAAACCAACAGGCUUUCAAGCAUAUCGGGCAAAACGACGGGAGCGUCUCCGCCCAGCACAGGAGCCAGAUGUCACAACCGUUGUUGUCAAACGCUGUACACCAACAGGUUUGCCCGCACUUCGAGCCAAACAAUGGGAUGAUCAUCUCCUCACCCCACACACCCCAUCAAGGUUUUGCUUCGAUGUCUUCUUACGGCCUGCCUUCGCCGGCCAAAACAACCCCGUCCCCUCCCGCUUCGGGCUCUUGCGCCCAAUUUGAGGGAGACGAACCGACUCUCACGAAUGGGGUGUCCCAACCCACCUUUUACAAGGACUGGAGGCGCAUGGUUGGCGACAUUCCUAUCGAAACGUUGGCCGAUUAUCUCUCAGCGCACAAAGAGGAAUUGAAGGAGCGAGGCAUUUUGUAG